AUGGACGUGGAAUUGCGAAAGCAUCUUCCUCCAGAUCAUGAAUACUUGGCAAAAGAUUUAAAAGGAGAAGCUCAAUCGCAAUACAAAAAGGUGCGCUUAAUGAUCGAAAAAGCUUUGGUGAGCGACUUUGAAUCGCCUGAGUCACCUCAAGCUAAGUCGAAACUCAGGUCUCACACCACAGACCAAGAAGCGACAUCUGUUGAGGCUUUAGAAUCGUUAAACGAACAGCCUAUUCCACGCCCUAAUCCCGCCUUUGUAGCACGUCUGAACGACAUACUCGAUUCGCUUAAUAGAGACGUUCCGACGAGAAAUUCUACACCCGAACCAAUUCUUAAUGGGGAACGCCCUAAUGUUCCAAAGUUGCCACCAAUUAAAGUCACCAAGUUCUCGGGUGACGAAAAAGAUUGGCAACCAUUUAUCGAGCUAUUUAAUAGCGUGAUUCAUAAAAAUCCCACCCUCAGCGAUGUGGAGAAAUUGCGAUAUUUGCGUUCCUACUUGGAACAGCAACCUUAUAAGCUGAUCAAGCAUCUCUCUCUCACCAGUGCGAAUUAUAAAAGUGCACUGGACAUCUUAAAGAAGAGAUAUGAGAAUAAGCGAGUAAUGGUAGCCUCCUACAUAGACACCAUUACUCAGCAUAAAAAACUCUCUCCAGGUUCAGCAGCAGACGUCAUUCAACUGCAUGACACAGUUAAUGCCUGCAUAAAUGGAUUGGAAAAUCUAGACUUUGAGGUAAAUUUCUGGGAUCCAAUAUUAAUCGCAAUCAUCAGUGGAAAAUUUGAUUCUGAAACAUCAAAGGCAUUUGAGGAGAGUCUCUAUGACAUAACUCAAAUACCUACGGUUCGAUCUAUGUUAGAUUUCCUCUUGAAACGUUACAGAAUUCUUCGGCAAGUACCGAAAGAGAAUGCUCCCAAGGAAAAGAAGAAACUCGUUUUCCAUACGACAUCCACUGAUACUCUCACGUGCUCAAAAUGCAAUGGAGACCACAUACUGGCGAGGUGUGAUGAUUUCAAAAAGCUCUCUCUUUCCGAAAAGAGGAAACAUGUAAAAGAUAAAAAUAUUUGCUUCAAAUGUCUGAGACAUGACAAGUCCAAAAAAUGUUCGAGCAAGAAAUCAUGUGCUACUUGCUCAAAAACAGGACAUCAUACCCUACUGCAUGAUGAUAAUUUCUCUAAGAAGGAAUCAAAAGGAGAUCGCGAUAAUCAGAAAAAAGCAGCUAAGGCUCUUCAUGUUCGAUCUUCCAUAGAGGACGAAGAAGAACAUUCAGAGGAUUCAGAGGCGGACAUUACUGCGCUUCAUAGUUCAUCUAGAACUGUGGUCAUGCCUACGGCUAUAAUUAAAAUUAAGUCUCGUGCUGGUGAGUGGGUCCCAUUCAGAGCCCUCAUUGAUACAGGCUCUGGGAACACGUUUGUGUCAGAAAAUGUUGUCCAAACUCUUAAGCUCACAAAGUCAAAGAUUCUCGCAUCAAUCAAAGGCAUAGGGGGAGUUCAAGCAGGAACCUGCAUGGCGACUGUUGACAUUUUAAUUUCUCCACGAUUCAACUCUAAAUUUCGAGGGCUGGCAACAGCCUUAGUUAUGCCUAAAUUGACUUCAUUCUUACCAUCCAGUCCAAUAAACAAUUAUGUUGAUUCUCGCAUGUUUAAGGACUUAACCUUUGCUGAUCCAAGUUUCAGUACUCCCGGCGCUAUUGAUGUAAUUCUGGGAACUAAUGUCUAUUCUAACAUAGUAAAGACAAAUAUUAAAAAGGACAGAGUGGGACUUAUUGCUCAGGAAACUGAAUUGGGAUGGAUUGUCCUCGGCAGAACAAAGUCAUCUUUCCCUAAAAAUGAGGUUGUGAGCAUGAUAUCAUUGGCUGAAAUCGAUAAAGAUUUAAGAGCAUUUUGGGAAAUGGACGUAGCAGACAAUGCAGUUAGAGAGUUGGAGGAGGAAUGCGAGACUCAUUUCAAGAACACUCACUCACGUGACUCCGAUGGCAGAUAUACUGUGAGGCUCCCAUUUAAGCAAAAUACAGACUUAAAAUUAGGUGACUCUCGCAAACAAGCUUUGGCACGUUUUCUUUCAAUGGAAAAGAAAUUCGCCAAAGACUCCAAGCUGAAAGAAGACUAUACGGACUUUAUGCGCGAAUAUUCUGAGCUUGGACACAUGACUCCAGUUUCUAUAUAUUCUGGAACACCAGAAAAUGUUUUCUAUCUGCCUCAUCAUGCUGUAUUCAAAGCCGACAGCUCAACCACUAAAACCCGAGUGGUAUUUGAUGCCUCUUGUAAAACCACUUCAGGGGUCUCUUUAAACCAAAUUCUCCACACCGGUCCUAAAGUCCAACAGGACUUAACAGACAUUCUCAUUCGUUGGCGUAAAUAUACGAUUGUAUAUACAGCCGAUAUUGAAAAGAUGUUCCGCCAGAUAAAUCUUUUCAUUGAAGAUCAAGAUUUUCAUCGUAUCUUGUGGAGGGAAGAUCCAAGGCAACCGGUGCAAGAAUAUCAAUUAAAUACAGUAACAUAUGGGACUGGACCUGCCACAUUUCUCUCAACCAGAAUUUUGCACCAAUUGGCAACUGACGAAGGUGGAGCCUAUCCAAAGGCUGCAAAAAUGUUGAGAGAAGACUUUUACGUAGAUGAUAUGCUAGCAGGAGCGCAUUCAAUUGAAGAGGCUCAAGAAUCAUUCCGAGAGAUAAAUGAACUAAUGAAGCUCGGAAAAAUGAACUUAAGGAAGUGGACUAGUAACUCGAGGCAGUUACUUGAGGAUAUUCCUGAAAACCAACGAGAAAAAGGAAUUAUCCAUAUCAAAGAGGAUGAAACGAUUAAACCAUUGGGCAUUCAUUGGAGCCCUCUUAAAGAUGAGUUACAAUUCACGAUUAAUUUGAAAGCCCAUCCAAACCUAACUAUGAGAGGAAUCCUAUCUGAGAUAGCUUCUAUAUUUGAUCCAACUGGAUGGCUGGCACCUGUGAUUCUACGAGCGAAAUUAAUCAUGCAGUCCCUUUGGAAAGAGAGGAUUGGUUGGGAUGAUAAACCAUCUGACACGGUAUUAAGAUGGUGGAAAGAGUUCCGCGCAGACAUUCUUGGGAUACAGGAUCUGCGAAUUCCUCGUUGGACAGGGUAUAGCCCAAGUUCUCAUGUACAGAUUCAUGGUUUUGCUGAUGCCUCUACGAAGGCAUCUGCAGCCUAUAUCUAUGUCAGAAUAACCGCUGGAAAUAAGCAUAAGGUCACAUUGCUUAUUGCCAAAACCAGGGUGGCGCCCCUUAAAGGUGAAAUCACUUUACCACGCAUGGAAUUGUGCGCUGCGGUUCUUCUUGAUAACUUAAUGAGGAGGACACUAAGCAUUCUGGAUAUCCACGUACAUGAAAUUUUUGCGUGGAGUAACAGCGAAAUUGUAUUAGCCUGGAUUCGCAAAGACCCUUCAACAUGGAUUACGUACAUCGCCAACCGGGUUGCCAAAAUUCAUCAAAACUUGCCAAGAGACGUGUGGAAUCAUGUGGCUUCUGCAGAUGUUGCCUCCAGGGGGAUAUCGGCCAGUGAUUUUAAGGAUCAUCGCCUCUGGUGGCGGGGCCCAAGUUGGCUUCGCCAAGAUCCAGAAUGGUGGCCCAUCAACAAUAGAGAUGAGCAUCUUCUUCACUUUGAACAGCAAAUAAUGGAAAAUCAAAAUACCCAUUUCUCUCUAUCAAUGUUUCGCAGCCCAGAGGAUGUAGAAGAAGCAUUUCAUUCAUGUGCAGGAACACCCCAGGAAACAGAAUCGAUACAAGAGACAUUGAACGGAUUUUCUUUCUUCCAAAAACUAAUUAACACAGUAGCUGUGUGGAGGCGAUUUAUUAGUAAUUGCCAAAAGAAAAUCAGGAAGGAGGAGAAAAACACUGAAAGCCUAAAUACAAAAGAAAGACAUGAGGUAAAACUUCACAUUAUAAAGCUCGUUCAAAAAAAUCAUUUCUCUGAUGAAAUAGAUGACUUAAAAAAAUCCAGACCAGUGUCAUCAAAGAGUAAACUUAAAGACCUCAAUCCAAUGUUGGAAGAUGGUCUUCUGAAGGUAGGAGGUAGAAUUCAGAAUUCUGAGCUCCCGAGUCGUGCCAAAAAUCCAAUCAUUUUGCCCAAGUGCCAUACUACUGAUACCAUCAUCAAGGAAAUUCACUGCGAGAUGCUUCAUAGUGGUUUACAACUAACCAUAAACCGCCUCAGAAUGGAGUAUUGGCUCUUGAAAGGCAGAUCUUAUGUUAGAGCAGUACUCAACAAAUGCCUAAACUGUGCCAAGCAUAAACAGAAAACCUUGGGACAACUCAUGGGAAACUUACCAAGCUCAAGAGUUACACCAGCACCACCAUUUUCAAGAUGUGGUGUCGACUAUGCAGGGCCAAUAAUGACACGACGAAACAAGGGUCGAGGAAAUGUGACAGAAAAAUCCUAUCUUGCCAUUUUCAUUUGUCUCGUCACUAAGGCGAUUCACAUUGAGGUUGUGACUGAUCUCUCUACUGAUGCCUUUCUUGCAGCAAUGAAGCGUUUUAUUGCCAGAAGAGGCAAGCCAAUGCUAAUAAUGAGUGACAAUGGCACUAAUUUUGUAGGAGCCAAAAGAGUCCUCGAUAAGGAAAUUGAGAUGGUUAUAAAGAAAUCUUCUGAGACAGUUGCAAACCAAUUAUCACAUCAGAACAUUGAAUGGAAGUUUAUUCCCCCAGGGGCACCCCAUUUUGGAGGCCUAUGGGAAGCUGCUGUCAAAAGUGUAAAAUAUCACAUUACCCGAGUUGUUGGUCAAAGCAGAUUGACCUAUGAAGAGCUUACUACACUUUUGGCUCAAGUUGAGGCGUGUGUUAAUUCAAGACCACUGACGCCAUUAACUAAUGAUCCUGAUGAUUUAGAAGCUUUAACACCGGGACAUUUUCUCAUUGGCAGAGCAUUGGCCAGCCCACCCCAACCAGAUCUUUCAGAGAAUAAUCCAAUCAGUCGAUGGAGAUUAGUCACAAAAUUCAACCAACAGAUCUGGAAACGUUGGUCUCAGGAGUAUCUUACUACACUUCAACAAAGAACAAAGUUGAGAGAUGAAAAGCAAGGACCAAGCGUUGGGGAUUUAGUCUUGCUAAAAGAGGAUAAUAUUCCACCUUUAAAAUGGCCGCUUGCACGAAUCAUGCAUCUCCAUCCUGGAGAAGACGGCUUAGUCAGGGUAGUGACAAUUAAACUUAAAGGCAAUAAGACCAAAAAGUGUCCUAUACACAAACUGGUAAAAUUGCCAGUCACUACCAUGGAACCUCACGAUGAUCAGGGCCAAGCUGAUGCAAAUGAACCUGACAUUGCGGGAGAUAGCUCGAAUCAAUCAGACAUAAGUAAUGAAAAUUCUACUCUAGGCAGUACAACAAGGACUCCUCCUUCACAACAACGACGUCCAGUAACCAGAUCAUACGUAAAGACGUUCUUCUUGACCAUGCUUCAUAUCUGGAUGCUGUUUGCAACCGUUUUUGCAUCAAACUACACGGUUAAGUCACUUGAUCCAGGUAUCUACAUUGAAAGUCUAGGAUCAGUGCAUCUAAACAGGGGAAAGUUUCGUAUGGAUCUUUUGUUCGAUAAACAGACAUUUCUUGAAGAGAAGAACAAUAUUUCAUUAGUCUGGAAUAAAACUGAAGCUCUGUGCAGACGAACAAAAGAGCUGAAUACAGUAUCGCAUUGUGAUGUUUUGAUGACUCAUCUUAACCAUGAGAAACUGAUGCUAAAUGAUCAACUAGAAGAAAUUGAGGACAUUGGUCAAUUCAGUAAAACACGAAAGAAGAGAGGACUCUUUGGAAAUUUGAUUGAUUUCGUCUUUGGCAAUGGAAACAGUGAUCUGUACACGAACAUUGAUGCAUUAGGACACAAUCAUAAUGCUCUUCUUCAGACAAUGAAUCAGCAAACUCUGCUUCUUAAUGCCAGGAUUGGUCAAUCUAAUACAAUCAUGGAACAGAAGCUGAGACUAUUUAACGAUAGAGUAGAUAGCCUAACCAGAGUUAUAAAUGAUUUGGAGCCAUGGCACGCAAAAACCGAUGACAAUCAUCUAGAGAUAAGAAUGCUUACAAGCUAUCUUGGUGCAUCAAACUAUUAUGCUGAAUUGAAAGGAAAAUACAAUUCAAUUCUAAAUGUUCUAAAUGAACGAAGCAGUGGAGUUGACUAA